GACAGAGCUGAUCAACAGCCUGGUAGAGCAGGAGCAUCCUCCCAUCUGGCCAGAAGAUGCUGGCCACCCUCACCCUCCUCCUGGGGCUGCCCCUGGCCCUCGCCGCCGAGCCCCCCAGCUGCGCCCCGCUUGUCCCGAUCACCUUCGACAACGCCACCAUCCCCAGGCUCCUGGGACAAUGGUACUACAUCGCCGGUGCAACCAAGCACCCCCCUCACACGCGAGAGUUAAGAAAAGUGAAAUUCUCGGCUUUUUCCCUCUUCCCUGGCGACCAUGAGCACGAACUCAAUGCCACCGAAGUCAUGAGACACAACAAGACGUGUGUGACGAAGAACAGCAGCAAGCUCCAGGUCUGGCACGAGAACUCCACCCUGGUGCACGUUGAUGAUGACGAGGUGGUUACCACGGCCAGAAUGAUCCAAAGCCACGAGGACCUGCUGAUCCUGAACUAUCUCGGCACUGACUCCCCAAAUCUGAGCCUCUCAGCACGGACACACAAUGUGAGCAAGGAGCACCUGGAAGAGUACAAAUCCCAUCUGGACUGUCUGGGCCUCACCGAGGAGGAUGUGUACUACACUUUAAUAGAGGAUGCCUGUCCCCCGCCUGGGGAGAAAACAGAUGAAGAUGCAGAUCCACAGGUGGAGUAACCCCCAGCUGCUCCAUCCUCAUCCUCCCACAGCCAGGCUCAGUGCAGCCUCAGGAGCUCCUAUCCAGGCUUUGUUUUUAUCUCAUGGAUUAAACACCCAGUUUCACUGUUCUCAUCUGUACCCAAAAUAAACCCCUGUGUUACAAGCA